GUAUUUAACAAAGUUCGGCUCAUUUUGUAAGGAAGUGAAAAUUACUGACCACAGUCUUUGCUUAAUCGUUGGUUCUUGCCAUAGUUGUCUACUCUGAGGACAAAACAAAAAAGAUCUCUCAGUAUCAUAUUACAGUCACCAUCGGAAAACAGUGAUUUAGUGGAAAUGCAGUGCUUUGUGUGGCUGGUGCUUGUGUGUGUGGUGAUGGUCCUACCGCCCGGGCUUGGCCAGGACUCCUGCAGGGUGCAGGAUGGCAAACCAGGGGAGAAAGGAAUCCCUGGCAGGGAGGGCUUCUCUGGACAGAAGGGAGAGAAAGGAGAGCCAAGUUAUUUUGAUGGGGAGGGAAUGGUGCGAGGGCCAAAGGGCGACCAGGGGAGCAAGGGUGAGCCGGGGGAGAUCGGCCAGAAGGGUUACACCGGCGACCUGGGGCCACAGGGCCCCUCCGGAUUUCCUGGCUCCAAAGGGGCCAGCAGCGGAGGCUCUGGCAUCCCACAAAACGAGCGGGCAGGAUUCUCUGUGACACUGACGGUGCCUGACCUUCCACCCAUCGAGAGGCCCCUGAAGUUCGACACCGUUAGUGUCAACAUCAACCAAGACUUCAGCACUGCUGAGGGCAAAUUCACUUGCAAGAUUCCAGGCAUCUACUACUUUGCGUUUCAUGCCAUGUCUGCACAAAACAUCUGUGUGAGGAUGAUGAGCGACGCGCUCUCUGUCGCGCUGAGCUUCUGCGACUACAACUCCAGGCAGAUCAAACAGGUGGUCUCUGGGGGCACGGUGCUGAAGCUGUCUGCGGGCCAGAAAGUGUGGCUGGAGCCUUUCAAAGGUUAUCGCGAUAAGGUUACACCUACAAGAUCAAAGGAAAGGUUCUUUGUGUUCAAUGGAUUCCUCGUCAGUGCAAUGGCAUAGGUGAGCUCUGCCAUGAGCACAUAGCUUAAACGCAGUACUUCCACUCUGAUUAAACUGGUGUGAGUUGAUAUCAACUGAGUAAAUAACCAUUUGGAGCUUCUUGUAAGACUACAUGGUCAUUUCAUUUUAUUCUUGAGCUUUCAAUAAACCAAAAAAGAUGCAAAA